AUGCCUGCAAAAGCAGGAACCGUGAAGAACGAGCAGAUUCUCAUAAUAAAAGAGCUUUUCAAAAAUGCUGAAUUCACUUGUCAUGCGAAUAAUUCAGAAGGAAAAGUGGACAGGACUAUCUCAGUUAUAAUCACUGGACCCGGUUCGGCGCCAGUACUGCGAAGUGCUCUGUCAGGCAGGACAAACAUCCAGGUUCGCUGGGAUCCGCCACACAUCAUUAACCGACCAAUUACGAGCUAUACCGUCUACUAUACAAACAAUGGAAAUCAACCAAUCAAGAAUUGGCAACAUAUGGAAGUGAAAGAACCAAAUCAUAGCGCAACGAUCGAAAAUCUCCGACCUAACACGCCGUACUUCAUUCGACUACGAGCAAAUGAUCAGAUGGGUCCAGGAAGGCUAGGAAACCCUGCUUCAGUAACGACCCUUAGACCAGCUGCUCGACCUCUUGUCUUCAUUGAGCAAGGUGAAGAGCUUCUGGUCGGUCCAUUGAAACCAUUUCGAACUCGGCUGCAACAUUACACGAGCAGAUCCAGCGCCAAUUGUGACUUGGCAACACAAGUGAGUUUAUUCGCAAAGCAUUCCGACUGCAAAGACAUCACUUACAGAGGGCGACCGCUUAACAAUGGAGAAAAAACAAUGUUUAUGAAAAUGCAUAUUGGCGGAAUCAUCGAGAAUACGAUAUUCGCCUGUGUAGCAGAGAACGAAGCAGGAAAAAGCACGAAGCGCAUCAACAUUACCGUAACUGGACCCACGGCCCCUGAACGUAUCCGCUAUCAAGUGGACGGCGAUAAAGUUAAUCUGCAGUGGGAACAGCCGAGAAUUAUAAAUGCGCCCAUGGCUGGCUAUGAUAUCCUCUACACUGAUGACCCCAGUCUACCCGAGGAGCAAUGGCAGGUGAAGCGUAUUGACGACCCCCACGCUACCACAGCAACAGUCGAUGGACUCAAAGAACGUACACCAUAUACGUUCCGAAUUCGAGGGCGCAAUAGGUUGGGCGAAGGUCUUCUGAGUGGACCGUUCAACGCUACCACAUGGCUUGGAUCUCGCCCGCCACACGUGACGGUAACCCCUGAAGAUAAGAUUAUCAAAGAGCCGAGUAACGAGCCGUUGAGCAUCGAAUGUGAAGCACUUGGUGUACCCAAACCGAGGAUUAUUUGGCUCUGGAGCGGUCAUUUGAUUGAAGACGGCAAAGAUGAAUUCCGAGUCUACGAUAUCACACCUAUGGACGCUCAAGAUCGCUCAACUAGUAAGCUUAUCGCUCAGAGUACCACGAGAACCGGCGUGGCUACUUGUCAGGCCGUGAAUGCUGAAGGAUCAGACGAAAAAAGGACAGAAGUGAAGAUUCUUGGACCCGGUAGUGCUCCUUUGCAUAUUCAACCUACACCGAUGCAUACUGGAUUCGACGUCGCAUGGCAGCCUCCAAGAAGGCCGAAUGGACGUAUUAAGAAUUACAUCGUCUACUACACCAAAGAUCCAGACCUUCCAUUGUCAGAGUGGAAAUCAGAAACCGUCGAUGGUGACCAAAGGAAUCUCACAGUACAUGUUGAUGAUGAAGAUACCCCCUAUGUGGUCAAGGUGCAGGCAGCAACAAAAGAUGGUCCUGGAAUCAUCUCAGAAGCCUAUGAGGUGACUACUGGAAGGAAACAGAUUCCUCUCACUGUUCGGCUCGAAAUCAGCGAUCCUCCUGUUUCUGAAUCCGAUACCGAAACUGAAGUCGAACCAGCGCAGCCAAUUCACUUCAGAUGCGUGGCUGAAGGACGUCCGAUGCCAAGCGUUUCGUACAGCUGGCUGCCGAUGAACUCGACAGAAAGCGGCGAUGAACCUGUUCCCAUUCCUAUCCAUCCAGAUCCAUCACAAGAGCAUCGCUACAAUUCAAUACAGAUUCGAUUACCAGAGUGCUAUUUCGACGACAUCGACGAAGAAAGGACUCUGCUUUGUCAAGCGAGAAAUCCUGACGGCACGGUAGAGGACAAGCACUUCUUCAUCGUGAAUAAACCUGGCAGUCCGCCAAGAGAUGUGAAGGUGAUCGUGGACCCAGACAACAGAGUAACACUUACGUGGGAACCGCCAAAGCAUCCCAAUGGGGAGAUUACGAGCUAUAACGUCUACCUGACCGGAGAUCCAUCACAGCCGGUCGAUCAGUGGCAGAGGUUCGAAGUGAGGGAUCCGAGUGAGCCGAAAAUCGUUUUUGCUCGUGGUGAAUUGGAGCCGGAAAGCCCGUACUAUGUGAAGAUUGCUGCCGUUAAUCCAUCUGGAGAAGGAGUACACUCAGACGCAUCGCCCUUCACAACAGUCAGUGGAGCUCCGAUCGAUAGCCCAUCCGAUAUCUUACCGAUUGUUUCCGAUGACAAUACGGUCAAUAUCAGUUGGUUUGGACCGAAAGAACCCAAUGGACCGAUUAAGUCUUACAACAUCUAUUUCACUCCUGAUGAUGGAACGGCAGACGAUGACUACCGAAAUUGGCCCCGAAUUGAAGUUCCAACAAGCGAUGACCAUGGCAACGUCAUCAUCGACAAGGAUCAGUACGACAUCAAGCCUAACACUCCUUACAAGGUACGAAUUUCGGCUACGAAUGAUCAGUCUGAAGGACCAGCAUCGGAACCGACACUCUUCGAAACUGGAAGUGGAGAAAUGCCGCCUACAAUCACCUUGGAUCCGCCGAAGAACGUGGUCCCUGUGGAACCGAGAGGAUCGGUCAACAUUAUUUGUACUGCCACUGGAUUACCGCAGCCCACAGUUUACUGGGUACUUGAAAACGGCGAAAAAGUCGAUGGAAGAGCGCUACAACUCACUAAUCUCAUCAAGGACACCUCUGCUACAUGUCGUGCAGAGAACAGGGCAGGAAUGAGUCAGGAAGUCGUACAAAUCCAGGUUUCUGGUCCUGGUACCCCUCCAAAUGAAAUCGUUCUGCUUCCAAUGCCUAAUCAAGUGAUUAAUGUGGAAUGGACGACACCAGAUGAAGUGAACGGACGUAUCACAAACUACAUCGUACAUUAUGGAGAAGUGCCAGAAGGAGCGACGGAACCAACCGAAUGGAAACAGGCAACAGUUGAUGCUGUAGACGUGAACCAUCAACUGCCAAAUCUGGACCCCAAGAAGACCUAUGCUGUCCGCGUGCAAGCCGUUAGCGAUCGUGGUCCAGGAGUAAUCUCAGCUCCCCAGACAAUCCGCACACUUCCACUUGCUCCGGCCAAAGUGGAAAGCCCCGAAGUCACUGUGUUUAACAAUAAUUCCAUAGUAAUAGACUUCGUACCGCCUGCAGAUCCUGACAAGCCGAAAAAACAGAUCAAGGAUUUUGUUAUCCAGUACACGUCUGAAGAUCCACCUACUGACGAAACAGAAUGGAAGGAACUUCGCUAUACUGAUCCAGAUGACACCGACAAUUACACUGUUGUACCAAUUGACGGUGAGAACUUCAAUCCAGACACCAAAUACCACAUGCGAAUUAUUCCUCGAGGCGAAAUCGAUGGACCUACCAGUGACGUAACCACUUUCACAACUGGAGAUGGAGUUAUCAUGCCUUCGCAGCCAGAGUUCAAUGUAGAUGCUCCCGACAAUGUGAUUCGUGUCCCUGCCGGAACGGACUAUACAGUUACAUGCACUUCUACUGGUUUCCCUCCGCCUGAUAUUCGCUGGGUGGAUAGCGAAGGAAAUCAAUUAUCUGAUGGUCCGCAGUUGAAGUUGAUCGACGUGAGAAGAACAGUGAAGGCGAAAUGUUUAGCUGAGAACAGAGGAGGACUCAAAGAGACCGACUUUACUAUAUUUGUAGCAGGCCCAGGAACUGCUCCAGAGAACGUCCAACUUCAUGCUGACAAGCCCGUGACAAUAUCGGUACAAUGGGAUCCACCACUAAUUCCGAAUGGAAACAUCACUAAAUAUAUUAUCUAUUAUACACCUUUGGACGAUCAACCAGACACGGACUAUGUCUUCAAAAUCCGAGCCAUUUAUCCUGAUGGUCCCAGCGUAUUCUCCGAACCGUGCAUUAUGAAGACUCUUCCAGACGGUAAUGCACCGUAUAUCCAAAUUUCGACGGGUGAAAACGGAGUCGAAGGUAGCACGAACAUUGACGUUCUGCCUGGAUCUCAGAUAACGGUCUCCUGCAACGCUACUGGACUCCCACUGCCUUCAGUGAAAUGGAUUCGUGGCGGUACAUAUGAAAUCGACCCAAGCACGGUUGAUACCGCAACCUCACAUGCACAGUUUUCGCUGCAAGUGGCUAAUAUCACAGAAGACACGACCUUCAACUGUGUAGCCCAGAACCCACUCGGGCACGCGAACUGGACCAUCAAUGUAAACCUACUGCCAGGACUGGAACCGGAAUGGAAGGAUGACUUUGUCAUUUCAAAAACUGAGAACGGUGAAGUUGUUCUUGCCUUCAGUGAUAAUCUGCCCGACUAUCUUAAGCCGCCGGUUGAUACCGCAACCUCACAUGCACAGUUUUCGCUGCAAGUGGCUAAUAUCACAGAAGACACGACCUUCAACUGUGUAGCCCAGAACCCACUCGGGCACGCGAACUGGACCAUCAAUGUAAACCUACUGCCAGGACUGGAACCGGAAUGGAAGGAUGACUUUGUCAUUUCAAAAACUGAGAACGGUGAAGUUGUUCUUGCCUUCAGUGAUAAUCUGCCCGACUAUCUUAAGCCGCCGAGCGACUGGGUUAUAAAAUAUACGGACGACCCCAAUUUGCCGAAGGAUGAUUGGAAGACCAUUCCAUCAGACUCUGGACCAUUGACACGAAUAGCUGUGCCUGAUAUGGAACCGGGCACUUAUUACUAUUUGGUUGUCGACAGUCCUGACAAAGGAAUUCAGACUCCCACGUUGCUGGUCAUGACUCCAAGUUGGUGA